AUGUCCAACCCCAAAAUCACCCCCAAAAACCUCUCCUACAACACCGAGCUCCCGCCCUUCCUCGCGCGCCUGCACGGGCACCGCGCCUCCUCCUCCGACGGCGGCCCGGACCCGAUCCUAGUAGCGCGCCGCCGACCGACGGGUCGCCACGUGCGCAGCGCCAGCGAGGAGGCCGAGGACGGGCCGGUGGUCGUUGAUGAGGCGGGGAAUGUUGUUGUGGGGGGUUUGAAGGGGUUUGAGGACGAUAACGAGGACGGCAAUGAAGAGGGAGGGAGGGUAGGAGGUGGUGGUGGUGGGAAAGAGGGAGAGGGAGAAGGUGGUGCGGAUGCGGAGACGAAGCAGGAGAAAGAGAAAGAAAAGGUAGCAGCCAUAGGCGCGAACCGCAAGCGCAAAGUCGGCAAGGUCAUCGGCGGUGACGGAGACGGCGACGAUGACGACGACGAUACCCGGCGCAUUGAGAAGGCAACAGCGGAUGCGCGGCGCCUGCUCAAUGUCAAGGGCGACAACAGCAAGGGCAAGAAGACGACAUUUGAUGCGAAGACUACCCCAGCUGGCAAUGGCAAUGGCAACGGCAAUGGCAACGGCAAUGGCAACGGAACCAAGGCGACGAAGACGGCGCCGGCUAAGAAGAAGGCCAAGAAGAUCAAGCUAAGCUUCGGCGACGACGAUGCCGAUUGA